AUGUUAGAUCCCCUCAAGCAACUUGUGGACAAGCUCACACAUGACAACUCAGUUAGGGCGCCACGUCGCCUCGCCCAUAUUUUUACCUGCUUAGCGGCACUUAAUCGCAGGUUUAGCACUGACAUCCCCUCUGAUAUCGGUGGCAUCACCUUUGUGCAGGAAUACUUCACUUGCCUAGCCACUUGCCUCAGCUGUCGAACACGUUGUUGCCUAGGCAUCAAUCACAUAUCUGAUGGUGUACCACACCAGGCAAUGCCACAUGAGUCCUCUUAUUAUUCGGCGCAUAAUUUAGCAAAUGGUUCUAUAGAGCAGACAAGUGGAAGGAGUUCUGCUGGGAAUACUGCGACCAACCCCUGUAUUGAAACUCCUGGUUGCCUUUAUGAUUCCCGGCUUCAGAACAAAAUUUAUUAUUGCAAUGUGAGUUACACUCAUUUUUAUUACUUAAUUCCACUUAUGGGGCUCAUUGGCCUGCCACUGACUUCAGAAGAUGCUUGCAUAAUGGACGUAAUGUUGCACAGCUCGACUGCAUGA